CUGCAAAGUACCUGCCGGUUGUUUGCAGGACAGGCAAAAGCUUUAGGUCUUUCUUUGUUAGACUUUAUCUUGUGAGCAUUUGAACCACAAAGCCAUGCCACCAGGGAUCUGAGACUGACAUGAACUGAAGACCUCAAGGUAGAAGAAGGACCAGAAAGAAAAAGAGGAAAACGUCCUGAUGCAAGCGACAGCAGAUUCUAGAUUAAAAAAAAACAACUAAACAACAUCCAGCCAAUGACAAAGUCCUGCACAUUUAGAGACAGAAGGGAAGUCAAGAGCAGACAGAAAAGCAGACGGUACAACAUCCAGUUGUGAAUGCCUGCAGGGAUGGCGGUGACCAAGGAGGAGAAACUUGAAAGUGGCAGGAAGGAAUCUGAAGUGGCGAGCCCACCUGAAGGCGGCUGGGGUUGGAUGAUUGUCGCUGGCUGUUUCAUUGCUACCAUCUGCAUCCGGGCCGUAACCAGAUGUAUUUCCAUGUUCUUCGUGGAGUUCCAGAUGCACUUUGAGAAGGAUUACUCCACCACGGCUUGGAUCCACAGUCUGGUUGACUGCACCACCAUGCUGUGUGCUCCUCUUGGCAGUUUCCUUGGAGCCCGCCUGUCCUGCAGAGCAACAGUCAUCCUGGGGGGCCUGCUGUCCUCUGCUGGUCUGGUCCUCAGCUCCUUUGCCUCAAGUCUGGAAUUUCUUUACAUUUCUCUGGGUGUCAUCACAGGUCUUGGCUUUGCUCUCAGCUACACACCAGCCAUAGCGAUGGUUGGGAGAUACUUCGUUGAGAGGAAAGCUCUUGCCUAUGGCAUCGCCCUGUCUGGCAGUGGCAUUGGGACCUUCAUCCUCGCUCCUGCAGUUCAGCUGCUUAUAGAGCAUUACUCCUGGAGAGGAGCUCUGCUCAUCCUUGGGGGAUUUGUUUCCAACCUGUGUGUCUGUGGAGCUCUGAUGAGGCCGCUGGAACAUAACACAGUUAAAAGGACCCGGGCCAACAAUCUUGAGGACGUGACAACACAUGUGGGAUCUAAAGUCAAUGGACAAAUAACUUUUGGCUACAGACACGAUGAGCCAAAGCAGCAGAAAAUACACAUCUUAACGGAGACACAGAGGCUUUUGACUGCAAAGGGAACAUUUCACAAUCUUGGAGCUGAUAACGACAAACUGCAGGCAAACCUAAACCUGCUACCAAACCCGAGGCAGCAUGAUGCCAGGUCAACAGAUCAGAAAAUGGCCAACUGCAUUUUGUUAUGCAACAAACUCACAGAGACUGUGUUGGGGGAAAAUGAAGGAUCAAGUCUUAAGCUGUCCGUCAGCAGCACAAGUGAAAACUUGAAAGCCAUGGAAAGUAUGACUUCGAACACAUCUAUAGUCGUGGAUACAAAGAAAGAAGACUCAGGACUUAUUGAAGCCAAACCAGCAGAUCAUUUAGAUAAAACUGUCCUUGCAAAGGUUUUAGGAAAUGCCCAGCGUUCAUUCAGAGAUUACUCUGUUUGCCUCAAGUACAGAGAGGAGCUUGGUUUUCUUACGAUACCUAACUUCUUGACCCUGUCAGUGUCGUUCCUGUUCCUGGCAUACGCCUGUAGCGCCCCAGUAGUUUACCUGGUUCCCUACGCCCUCAGUGUCGGCGUGGAGCAGCAGCACGCAGCAUUCCUCAUGUCCAUAUUUGGAGUCUGUGGCAUUCUAGGCAACAUCACCUUUGGAUUGAUCACAGACAUGAAAUGUCUGAAGAGAUAUCGGAUGCUAGGAUACAUGUUGGCAAUAGGCUUGGAGGGCCUCUGCUGUAUGUUUGUGCCCUCCCUCCACUCUUUCUCCCUCCUGGUGCCAUUUUCUGCCCUCUACGGGUACUUUGAUGGUGCAUACGUAGCACUUAUACCUGUGGUCACUUCUGACACAGUGGGCUCUACUCAUCUCACCUCAGCUCUGGGGUUUGUCUACUUCCUGCAUGCUAUCCCGUAUCUGGUGAGCCCACCGAUUGGAGGCUGGUUAGUCGACUGCACAGGGAACUACACAGCAACCUUCUUCCUCAGCGCCACUUCCUACAUCAUCAGCUGUUCAAUAGUGGCAUCUAUCUUUUUAUUAAAACAUGCAAUAAAUAUCUGUGGAAGAGUUCAGGCCAAAGAACAUUGUUCAAGAAUAACCUCUCAGUCAAAACUUGCCUCUUUUUUUAAUAAAGAACCGAAUUAAACAGCAUUUAAAGACUUUACUGAAAAUAUGCAGUGCACCUAAACUUUGUCAAUGUAUUAUUCCUGUGGGACGAGGAGUGUCAAUUUUUUUUUAUUUUGUCACUUUGUUAGCAGGAUUAUGAAUAAAUAACCUGUCUACAUGUCUUGAAAGUUGCACAGACAUGAAGGCUGGGAAAAGGAGGAAAAAAAACUACCUUUUGGUUUGCCACUGUACACUAAGAAGUGCAGCUACAUAACCCAAGUUAAUUGACCAAAGGAAUAAAGAAGUAUAACACUGAUACAAGAUUAUUGCUUAUGGAUGGAUGAAUCAAAACAUAGUUUCCUACUUUCCUGGCUGUUAGUUGUCUGUUGUGUUUUAUAAGCCAUAUGGCUAAUGUACGUACUGUACCACAUAUACACUAUUAAAAUGUUGUGUUGGUUUCAGUGCACCAGUGAUGUGGUACCUGCUGUGUGGACCCAUUCCGCUGGCCUUUUAUACCUUGUAAAAACAUUUUAAGCUUGAAUAAACUUAAAAUGUUCCCGUAGCAGACAGUUACUUAAGCGCGGAGAAGUGAAAACUAUUUAGAGGAAACAAACACUACCAAAGCAUAAAUCAAUGUGAGGUUACAACUGAAAUUUCAGUUUCUUUCUCUUUCAAAUCAUCAACACAGACUUGUCACUCUUUACUUCUUUGAAGUUGAUCUAAACACUGCACUUUGCACGUAAGAACAUGUUGAAUCAGCAUUAUAUAUUUUUCUAAAUAAAUGCAAUGGCUGUGGUUAAA